AUUACAUAGAAUGUCGUCUGUCCGUCCUUCGCUUAAACAUGUCUGCUGCUGAAGGCAUUUCGCUUCAAAUCUAAGUCGCAAAUCGAACAUCUAUCGAAGUUCUGCAACAAUUAGCUUACAAAGGAAUACCGCAGUUUCUAAAAUGUUGCGAGUUUUCAGCGGCCGGUGUUUGUAUGGAGCUAUCACCUCGAACAGUGAGCUGAGAGUUGCUAAAACUUGCGUCGCCUCCAACCUAACCCCAACAUGUCAAGUGUCAGAGCGACUUUACCUCUCUCUUCAACGCAAUUUAAGCAGUGCAGUUAAACCGAACAAUGACGAGUCGCGUGAAAUCAUUUAUAAAGGCAGACUAGAGAGAGAAAUUAUUAGAGUUAAAGUAUUUUCUAUGACAACCAGUGUCAUGGGACUUGUGUUCCAACCAGUUCUAUAUAAUCAGGCCUCUAGUCUUCCUGUGUUAAUAGCAACCUGCACGGUUGCUGGAUUUUUUACAUUUGUCACCCCUGUUCUGCUCCACCAACUAGCCAAGCGCCAUGUCAACCGAAUUACAUACAGCAAGAAGGAAGACAAUUAUAUUGCUCACACGACUUCAUUCUUCUUUAAGGACAUUCAGAUUCCCAUCGCACCAGGAGAGGCGAAAGUGCCUGACAAUGGAGGGAUGUUUACAACUAUGGAAGUUCGUGGAAUUCCUCUCAUGGUCGAGACGGAGGCCUUCGAUAAGAGCCAUCUGAUUCGCUUGUUAGGGUAUGACAAGCCGAUGGAUUUUGAACAUGAAAGGUUAGCAGCAAUGAUCGAAGAGGCUGACCGAGCAGCCGCGAAGGCAAAAGCCGAGGCUACACCCAAACAGACUGAUGUAGAUGAAGCCUCAGAGAGGCAGAGAAAAUCUGAUCGUGUAUAAAUUGUACAUAAUAUAGUCUAAUGUUGGCUGUUUAAGUUACUGUGUUGAAGGUCUUAGGAUAAUAAACUAAUCUUAUGGACAAUA